AUGUCAAAUAGGGAGAUCAAGAGCAUACUCUCCAAACAAGUAAAUGCAAAUAGGAACGAUUGGUCAAAGAAGUUGGAUGAUGCUCUAUGGGCUUACCGAACGGCUUACAAGACACCAAUCGACUUGUCUCCUUAUCAAUUGGUGUUUGGAAAAGCUUGUCAUCCUCUGGUGAAACUUGAACAUAAGGCAUUGUGGGCCUUGAAAAAGUUAAAUCUAGAAUGGGAUGAUGCCUCAAACUUAAUGUUGGAACAACUUAAUGAGCUGGAUGAAUUCCGAUUUAGAGCUUAUGUUAGCUCUUCACUCUACAAGGCCCGCAUGAAGCACUACCAUGAUAAGAAGAUUUUUCAAAGAGAAUUUAUCCCCGGGGAUCAUGUGUUAUUGUUCAACUCAAGGCUCCGGUUGUUUCUCGGAAAAUUGAAAUCCAAAUGGUCCGAUCCCUUUGAAGUAACACAAGUGUUCCCGCAUGGAGCAAUAGAGAUUUUUGUCCAGAUGAAAAGUACUUCAAACAUGACUCAAAGAAGGAAAUCCCUUGCUGAAAAAGACACAUCCAAUGAUAGAAAGAGGUCAGGGAAGCGUAAGCUGCCAACUCCAGUGCCAGAGGAAGCCCCACAGGCAGUAGGGCCUGCCACUACUCCCACAAGGCCACAAUAG